AUGGGCAAGAUCACAAAGGCGAUGCAGCCUAAGCAUCGAGAGACUCUGUCUCCAUGGCUAAAGCUUUACGUCGAUUCUGCAUCAACAGCCCCGUUGCCGCUCCUUCCACAGCAGCUUGCUGAUUUCCCGACAAGGUGGCCAUUCGGGCGCGGAGACCUUUACCACUGGAUUCCAUUGUUAAACCGAUUCGAUAGCGUGCUCGAGUAUUUCUGCAAAACCUAUAAAUUGAAUGAAGGCCCCCAGCAGCGUGAUUUUGGCUGCGAUGUGCUGCUCAAUCAUGCAAAGGAUUCGGCAUUCGAGGGCGAGAAGCAAGAGCUGAUCGAGGCUGUUUUGAAGUUUACUCGCAUGCUGCUAGAGCACUGCGGAAAUCGCAGCAUCUACGCCAGCAGUGCUCACCUCAAUGACCUCCUCAACUGCACUCCCCCUACCGUUCUCAUUGCUACACUCGAGGUAGGAUCUGAGUUGGCACAGAGAUACCAGGCAUCGGUCAAGCGGAUAGGAAGCGCUUCCCGACACAUCAGUGCCGCACUGCUUGCCAAUCAUUACAACAUAGACCUUGAGCGCGUCCAACAGGUUGCAUUGCCGUUCGUCAAAACGCCCAUUUUUAACCUUUCCGACCCGUCGCCGACUAGCGCGCCUUCUACCGCAUCUAAGGGAAAGGAUAAGGCGGUUGCAGGAGGUGGCAGCAGAAAUGUAGCUACCAUGCACGCCAAUGAUCUUGUCGCCAUCACCACUGCUGAUGAUAACCGGUGGAGCUCUUGGGGUGAUGUUAAGGUCUUCUACUACCCCCAGGAAACCACAUCGGUGCAGCAUGACGUUCCAACGGAGGCGGGGCGCUCGAAUCUACCCUCGACCCCCACUCCCCUCCGUCGAAGCUCAACGAUGAACCCUCAACACACCCCAAAGGUUCGAAAUGCUACUGCUGCCGAGGACCCCUCUCCUCUGGGAACUCGAACUUCGGGAUUUGUGGAUGACCAUUCUUCGUCUGGCCAAAAGACGUUCGAGUUGCCCCAAUCCGUCGUUGCCUCUCACUCCAUCUAUGAGCUCAUUACCAGGUGCCCUGAUGAUAUGCCCCAGGCCGCCAAGUAUGAGGCCUUCCAUCGCUUGAGAGUAGCCAAAGCUCUCAUUGGCUCCCAAGAGUCGCGGCAGCAAAUUCUGGCAACUCGGCUGCUGGCGAUAACUAACCUGGCGUAUAUACAUUCCGAAUCAAACUUUGUUGAGAAAGUCCUUCGCCAAGAUAUUGACGAAACCCGCCGAUUUCAGCUCGUAUAUCAGCUUGCUGAGUUGAUCCAUCCAUCCGCGGAUGGCGCAAUAGAUGUCCCUUUGAGGCUGCAGACCAUUGCCCUUGCGCUCCUCGAAGCGGUAUCGAGCUUCCACGCUCGAUGCCAAGAUGUCUUGUCGGCCUUGAAUGCGAAUGUCAACCACGGCAUCCUUCUUUACGUUAUCAGAAAGGCCGUCGCUGGAAUGACUGAAGCGAAUGCUGGAGACGAUAGCGAUAAGAUGAAUGAGAUGGACGAAUGGCGGAAUAAUUUAUUCUCACUUACCUUGCACUUAUCCAUGGCUACUCGCGUGGGUAGUGAAAUGGUUUCUGCUGGAUUAAUGGACAUUCUUGUCGAAAUUUUAAAUAUUCGAUCCAUCAUUGCGCAGCGCCACCAUUCAAUGGUUCUUGCCUUCCUGGAUGGCUUGAUAUGGACCUAUCCGAAUGCAUUUACUGCGUUUUUCAACGCGGAUGGAUUGGAUGCUGUUGCCAAGCUAAUUGUCGAUACCAUUGGUGAAGCUCGCAUGUUACUUCAAGCAUCAAAGGGCAUCAAACCUGACCAACAGUCCAGUGCUGUGGAUUAUGAGAUCCCUUAUUACCAGCAACAGACACUCAAGUGGAUCUUGAAGUUUGUGCAUCACAUCAUGUCCAAUUCCUAUAGCUACAGUGGCAAUACAGACCGACUCCUGCGAAAUCUUGCCGAGAAGUCUGACUUGCUGGCCAAUCUGAGGGACAUCAUAAACGACAAAAAGAGCUUCGGCUCAGUUGUCUGGACAAACUCGGUUACCAUCCUCAGCGAUUUUAUCAACAAUGACCCAACAAGCUUCGCUGCUAUUUCCGAAUCAGGCAUGAUCAAGACGUACCUUGAAGCCAUCACUGGACAGCCGAUCCCCGAAGUACAUACCGCACGGCUUGCACGACGGGCAUCAGACGGCGGGGACCCUAAUACCGUGGACGUGUCUGCGAUAACAUCCAUCACCGAUCUCGAUAGACGGCGUCACCCUCCUGAGGAUGAAGUCGCUCGGCAGGCGUUUGGCCGGCCAGUUGCAACAGGCAUCUUGGCAUCUUCUGAUGCUAUCAAUGUUGUUCCCCAAGUUCUAAACUCCAUCUCUCUCAACAAUGCGGGCAUGCACCUGGUGGUCGCCUCUCGGGCGAUUGAGAGCUUCUUGGAAGUCUUUGAAAGCCCUGCACAUGUGAAAUGUAUGGAGACGGAUUCUGAGCUCGCCAGCAAUGUUGGUGCCAGCUUUGACGAGCUUGCGCGCCAUCACCCUCCCCUAAGGAAAGCGAUAGCUAACGCAGUAAUUGACAUGGUCGCCCGAGUACGCAUGCUUGGCAUUGAGAAGGCUCGACUCGCAGGCUGGGGGGUUAAACUGCUCCCCAUUGGCAACCUUCAAACCGCAGCCGAAUCAACUGCUGCGGCCAGUGCAUCCAAAUCGCAGCAGGAAUCUGACGUCGACAUGUCCGAUAUGGCCGUGUCACAAGGCUUGGAAGUCGACAAGCGAACCGAAACCGAACGGGAAUCUCCGUACGAGUCGUAUACGCCCUAUAUUUAUGCUCUAUCUACUUUCCUGACGACCUACUUGUCCAAUAACGUCUUGAAAAACAGCUUUGUCGAGAGGGGCGGUAUCGAGUUUCUUCUCGACAUGUGCCAAUCCCCUAGUCUUACGGCUGGAUACGGCGAUUCCAUGGCAUCUCGGGUCCUCAAUCAGGUUGUUUCUCAACUGGUUGAGCACGGUGCUGCCCAGGGAUUAACGUCUCUGCUCUACCGGGCUCAGCGUGCCAUCGACGUGCUGGAGCCAUUAUCAACCAAGACAGAGGCAGUCCCUCCUUAUUUCGCGCCCUUUUUGGCACCUGACCUAGGCAUUGAGUACACUAGCACCGAGGCAGCCGAGAUAAUUGCAACUGGUACAAAUAUUGUCAAGGCCCUACUCAACGCUCAGACUUUUAUCAAAAUAAUAUCUGAUUGUUUCGCAUCCUCGAGAUCCAACUCACUCCAGUUUUACCCCAUCAACGUGUACGAUUAUUAUCAAAAGCUGGUAACCUCAAUCGGGCCAUUGUUACGUGGAGUCCUAGCAGAGGAAGCAGGCGAGCUUACGGCUGUCCCCCAGCAUUGGUCUUUAAGACGCCAGUCGCCACCUGCAGAAGGCGGCAACAGAGGUGCCGUCGCAGACGGUGAAGCUGAUGACACCUCGUUGCCCGACGUUCUUAACAGUACGGAUGGUUGGAGACCUAAUGAGGGAGCUGAUAACUCCUCAGCGGCUCGUCCAACAGAGCAGGAACAAGCUAGCCCCAGGUUCCAAAACUACGAAACGCUGAGAAUCUUGCUACAUCCCAUGAUCCCCACAUCAUUCCCGCUCUUCCAGACCAUAGGCAAGGCGCUACUGCCCAGACGUGAAUCGAAUCACGGCGACCCGUACCACCGACCGCGUCACUUGGAGAUUGCCAGAGCACUUGCCGAUACGGUCCUCGAUCACCUUGGGCCAUCUGUGGCAACCCCGGAGCCAACGUCAAAAGAUUUCCACUAUUGGAUCAUCAUGCUACACACCAUCCACGAAAUGCUGAUUGACCACCCCUCGGCUCGUCAAAAUGACCGCUCUAAUGUGCAAAUUAUCAUGCCUGUUCUCCUCGCAUUCAAGGAGCGCCGUGGUAUUGAGGUACUCAAUUCUAUGCUUCGUGUCUUUGCAAAGACGGUGAAGAGUUCUAGCGCAGCUACUGCCGAUGAAUCUUCAAAGGUCAAAGUUGCUGCUUUUGGUUUGAAGAAGAUACUGGACUUGUACUUCAUUCUGGUCAACGGAAAGUAUAUUGCCGACACGCAUAGUUUCUUCAACCUUCAGCGACAAACAGAUCGGUCUCAAGUCGUUCCAAAUAUCCACAGUCAAAUUACCGUCGAAUUCAGGGCACUCAUACUGCCUGUUGUAAUGGACCUUUGGGAUUCAGAGUUUGUGGAGCGAGUGCCAGACCAGACUGUCAAACGACUUGUGGACAUUUUGAAGAUGGUGUCACUAGGCGAGAAUGAACUGUUGCUCAUGCCAAAGGAUAAGGUUCCUUUUAUGCUUCUCAACUAUACAGACGUGCGAUUCAACUGGCGGGCCGUUAGAGUCCUUGUCCGCCAGCUUGCUGACGACUACGAUGAUGGUCUAGCACAGGAAGCCGUGUAUCGUACGCUUGGUAACGUUGUUACCGCCCCAGCAUACUGUACUGCACACGAAUCUGAGAUAGCAGGUGCUCGAAACCCUGUGCCUCCUGAGGAUGAACCGGACGCCGCGGCCUUGGCCGAGGGAGCUACGCCAACGACGACCAGCCGAGAUGCCAGUGGUUCCCGUGCUCCGGAUCCAGAGGCAAUGUCGUUGGAUACAUCCCCCGAUACAUCUGCAGAAACAUUGGAUGACCUGAUUUCUCGCCUUCCCGAGAACAAUGAGUUAGCGACCGAAAGUGGUGCUGAUACAGCGCCAAAAGCUACAGAGCCGGCUCCCUCCAGUGGAGAAUCAAACCCAGCAGCUACUCAGUAUACCGCGGCCGAUUUCAACUCACUCAAAGAUGAUCUUGACAAUCAUCGGGCAAAGCUGCGCGAAAAUCUGAUCGAUCAAUGCCUUGACGUCAUUCGCGCUCAUCCGGAUACGGCUAUUGAGGUGUCUGAGCUUAUCACCACUGUUGUUCUGCGACAUCAAAAUGCUGAUGCGCACGAAGAAGUGGGCUUUACUCUUACAUCUGCCCUGGCAUCUCUCGGGUUAGAAGAAGACGAGAAAAAACGUAACGGCAAGUGUAUCGCUGCAUAUGCCCAUCUACUUGCGCUAUUGCUACAAGAUGAGAUGUUCUUCAGCCGAAAUAUCGAGACACUACGUGAUAAGAUCGACGACUAUGUAGCGUUCCUCAAAGUUCCGCCAUCGACGCCGACUGAAGAGCUACCGCCUUGGAUCCCCUUUAUACUUCUAGUGCUAGAGACGUUAUUGAGCCAUGAUGAGAAACCUGUUGCGGCUCAAUGGAAGGCACCCAAGUCUUUAGAUGAGACCGUUUCAGAGCCCAUCAUCCAACUUAGGACGCCUUUGCUCGACGACCAGCAACGAUCCAAUGUCCUGGAGUCCCUUUUGGAUUUGCUCCCACGCAUAGGGAAGGAGGAGAUGUUGGCAACUGCCAUUCUACGAGUUCUCAUCAUUCUGACUCGUAGGCGUUCGUUGGCGAAGCAAGUCGGCGAGAAGAAAAACCUGCAAAGACUCUUCCUCAUGGCUAAGCAAAUGUCAGGUGCGGGAUCCGAACGUCUGAGGCAGACUAGACUGACGGCUCACCUCAUCACCAUCCUCCGCCACAUUGUGGAAGAUGAGGACGUUAUUAAGCAAAUAAUGAGAGCGGAAAUCAAGUCAGACCUUCCCAAUCUUCAACGUACCCAGCGCGGCCAUUUAGAUGUGUCCACCUACCUCAGGGCGAUGGCCCCAGUUGCUCUGCGUGCGCCUGAUCUCUUUGUUGAAGUAACCAAUGAACUGCUUCGGUUCUCACGCUGGAAUGCGCCCACCACAGAAGGUGCCCGACCCCAAGCCUUGGUUUGGAAGGAACAAGAUGAGGGGAACGCGAAUGUGGCUCAAGCGGAUACAGAAGAGACUCAGAAAGAUGAUGUUAAGCAGUCAACUGAGUCAGGAGAUAAGGAAAUGCCAGACGCACAUAAGUCACACCAUGAUAGCAAACGCCCCGUGGUUGAAAAUCCGGACGGAGUCAUCCAUUUCCUUCUUUGCGAGUUGGUCAACUAUCGAGAAGUCGAAGACAAGGAAAUUCCAACAGUUAGCAAAGAGGUGAAGGCAGAGAGCGAAUCGACGGCCCCUACUGAGGUCCAGGAUGUCUCUUCUGUCGAUGGCGGAGCUAUCGAUGGCAAGGACAAGAAGCCACAAAAGCCUACGUUCAAAUCAGAAGAACAUCCUAUCUUCGUGUAUAGGUGCUUUUUGCUCAGCUGCUUGGCCGAGCUCUUGCAAAGCUAUACUAGAACCAAGGUGGAGUUCAUCAACUUCAAACGUAGUGCCCCCCCUCUGACUACCAACACCCCUGUGAAACCGCGGUCAAGCAUUCUCAACUACCUAAUUUACGACCUGCUGUGUCAGAGCAACCUGAGCGGUACGUCGGAUAACAUAGCAUCAAAGAAGAAGGCCGCCACUUCGUCGCAGACUCAAAAGGUUUUGGUGGCUUUGGUUUCAAAAACCAACGAGAAAGUGUUCGAACGCAAGCAAGAGAAGUACGCAUAUGACGAUGAGCCAGAUCUACUCUUCGUUCGCAAGUUCGUUCUCGACACCAUAUUGAAAGCUUACGAGAAGGCACCACUUACCGAUGAGCCACUGGAGGUUCGCUAUGCAAGGAUGCAGUGCCUAGCAGAACUGAUGAAUCACAUGAUCGGAGAGAAAGACAAGGAACAAAACUCCGGAUCUCGCAAUGUUGAUACUAUUCAGACAAGAUCCCAAGCACAGCUUCGGCGGCUCAUGUACGAGAAGGGUUACCUGGAUAAGCUUACAUCGUCCAUUGCCGAGAUCAACUUGAAUUUUCCGGGAGUCAAGCGGGCAAUUAAGUAUAUUCUGCGUGUGCUUCGGGUUUUGACCGAUACUGCGAAAGAACUUAGCCAUUCAAACAUCUUGGUAUCCGACUCACAGGCUGACCAAAGUGAUGAGGAUUUUGCAUCUACUUCAUCCCUGUCAGAUCUAGAUGAGGGCCGGGAGGAAACUCCCGACCUAUACCGAAACUCUGCUCUCGGCAUGCUUGAACCUCGUGGGGAGGAUGAUGAAUCCGAAUCCGAGGAGCCAGAUGACGAUGACGAGGAUAUGUAUGGGGAUGAGUACGAUGAUGAUGAGAUGGACUACGGCGAUGAAGGUAUGUCGGAUGAUGAAGACAACAUCAGCGACGAAGACGAAGAGCUUGGUGAAAUGGGAGAAAUUGAGGGGCUCCACGGUGAGCCUGGAGUGGUUGAAGUCAUCAUGGACGAUGAUGAUGACGACGACGACGAUGAUGAAGAUGGCAGUGAAGACGAUGACGAUGACGAAGUCGACUCUGCUGAUAUGGAGGAUGUUGAAGACCGAGUUGAAAUUGUGGAUGAGGAUGGAAACCCCAUCGAAGAUGAUGGAGAAUCCGGAUGGGAGAGCGAGACCAGUGCUGAAGAAGAUGAAGAGCCAGAGGUCGAUGAUAUUGACUACGAGGCCGAUGGCCAAGACGAACACGAGGCUCAUCUACACGGUUUGGGUCCUGGAGAUCUCCUGGAUAACAUGGCCAGAGCGAUUAUGGGUGGUGACCAAGACUACGAGCCCGAAAUAAUGGAGGCACUAGACGAGCAUUAUAUGGAUGAUGGUCACGAGGAAGGAGAUGAUGACGAGGAAGAGGAUAUUGAAGAUGAAGAAUAUAUCUAUGAUGACGACUAUCCGCUUAACGAGACUCUACCGCCAAUGCCAGCUCUUGGGUGGGAUGGAUUCACACCAGAGGUUGAUGAUAGACAUCGCCAACUCUUCUUGCUUGACAAUAAUAGACGACCUGUCUUUGCACGAAUGGGCGACCGCAACCCCUUCCCUCCCCGAUUUAUGGCCGGGUCGAAUCGUGAGCUUAGUGAUUUCCGCAGCUACUUCUCUCGUAGCCAUCGCAAUAAUGGACAGCAGUCUAACGCAGAUGACGGCAUCAACCCGCUACUUCGUCGCAACGACCAGGCUCAAGAGAAUCAUCCACGGCCCGGUCAAUCAAAUUCCAUUGGCCUUCGCUUCCCAGAGGGCUUCUUGGGGCCAGGCAGACAUAUGAUUGAUGGCCCCAUGGGCUUCUUAGGAGAGCUUAUGGAAUUUUUGCCGAUCAUGGGGCGCAAUGGUAAUCAUAGCCAGCAUGCAUUCCACGUGCAUAUUACCGGUCCUCAGGGUGUUCGUAGCGCGGAUCUUGGGCCCAUUCGUGGCCUGAGAAAUGAUCAGCGCCGAGAUGCUGCGGCUCAGGAGCCUCAUCAAGCGGUUGCGUUCACUCCUGAAUCAACCCUGGAUCGCUACCAGGAGGAGGCCAGGAUGAUUUUUGGUGCGAUGGAGCUGGAGAGGAAACUGAAGGCAGAGGAGGAAGAGAAUCUCAAGCGUCAAGAGGAAGCCCGAAAGAAGCGAGAAGAAGAAGAGCGCGUGGCCAGGGAAGCUAAAGAAGCUGAGGAGAGAGCAGAAAGGGAAAGAAAAGAGGCUGAAGAACGCGAGGCUGCUGCUAGACUCGCUGCCGAAGCCGCCGAAGCCGCUGCUCUUGCUGCCAGCCAAAAUGCUGAAUCACAGACCAGCGAAGGGAAUCGCAACCAAGCGAACGAUGCCGCAAACACCACGGCGAGGGCUAAUCUGCCAAGAGUAACAACCAUCAUCAGAGGCGAGGAGGUUGAUGUUACUGAGUUGGGCAUCGAUCCAGAUUACCUGGCUGCUCUUCCCGAAGAAUUCCGAGAAGAAGUCAUCGCCCAAACCGUCAGUGAGAGGCGAUCUCAAGCCCGCGAGGAGGCUGCAUCAGGAGAAACGACCGAAGUGUUUCAAGAAUUCCUUGAUGCCCUGCCAGAGGAGCUACGGUUGGAAAUUGCGCAACAAGAGAGGCAAGAGCAGCGUCGUCGUAAUCGUGAAGACAGCCGCCGUCAGGCUGCUGCCGAUGGCCAAGAUGCAAUUCCCACGGAGAUGGACCCAGCCAGCAUCCUUCUCACGUUCCCGCCGGAGCUUCGUGAGCAAGCACUUAUCGACCAGGGUGAAGAUAUCAUGGGCCAACUUCCUCCAGAAAUGGCUGCCCAGGUACGAGCAUUGACUCAAAAUCGUCCACCAGUGGUUCAUCAGCAACGAGGACGACGCUCUCCAGAUGAACAAGGGGAGAAUAAGUCUCAACGGAGGGCUGUCGUCCAGAUGCUCGAUAAAGCUGGUGUAGCCACCUUGGUGCGUCUGAUGUUUAUUGCGCAACAGGGCUCUAUCCGAAACUACCUCUUCAGCGUAUUCGCAGACGUAUGCGAGAACCGACAAACUCGCCUGGAGGUCAUCAGCACUAUCCUGCAAAUUCUGCAGGAUGGCAGCACAGAUAUGAAUGCCGUUGAGCGGAGUUUUGGCCAGCUCUCGCUGAAAGCUAGAAAGCAGAGAGACAAGGACAAAGAUGCCGAUCAAAAGGCUCCACAAGGCCUCAAGAGGACCUUGACGACUAUUGGCAGCCUGACCACUUCUGGCCAAACAAAUUCUGAGACAUCUCCGUUGUUGAUUGUACAGCAAUGUCUAGAUCUCCUUGUUGAUCUAUGUACCAAAAACCCACACAUCCCUUGGCUGUUCUUGACAGAACACGAGUCUGUAGGGUCUUCUCUCAAGAGAAGCCUCAGCCGUAGAGGAAAGGGUAAGGACUCGAAGGCUCAUAAAUACGCGAUCAACUCCCUUUUGACCCUGUUGGACCGCGAGCUUGUAACGGAAAGCUCGCUUGUCAUGACACACCUCGCAGACCUGCUGAACCGAGUUACUCUUCCUCUUCAAAACUUGGAACGUCGACGCAAGGAGACACAAGAUGAAGAUGCAUCGGCUCCAAAGACAAACGAAGCGGAAUCCACGGCCGUUGUCACGGAUGCGAAUGAGGCAGAGCAACAAACUAGCAACAGCCAGACAGCAGAUGGUGAGGCAGCAUCCGCGCCCGCGGGAUCUUCCGAGCAACAGAAGGCCGGGGCGGAGGACUCAAAGGAGCAAUCGAAGAACACGUCACAGAAACGUGCCCGUCAGCUGCAGCCCCCGGUCAUUCCACCUCAAAACCUCACCCUCGUGGUUAGAGUGUUUGUUGCCAGGGAAUGUAGUUCGAAGACGUUCCAGAACACCAUCUCUACCAUCAAAAACUUGUCAGCUAUACCUGGAGCCAAGACGGUCUUUGGCCAAGAGUUAGUCAGCCAAGCUCGCUUGUUGAGUAGCAACAUUGUGUCUGAUCUAGACGAUCUGCUUCCUCAUAUUGACGCGGCUACGUCUGGUACUGAAAUUCAAGGAGUUGCCCUCGCCAAGUUCUCACCUGGAGCUUCAGAGCAGAACAAACUUCUCAGAGUUCUCACCGCACUAGACCAUCUAUUCGAUGGCAAGAAGAAGACGGACGACGUUGAGGAGGGUGGGCCUAGCGAGACCGAGAAGCAAGAUCUUGUCACCUCGCUCUACCACAAUUCAACGUUCUCUACUAUGUGGGAGAAACUGAGCGCUUGUCUUAGUGCCAUUCGACAACGGGAAAACAUGCUCAAUGUUGCGACAAUCCUACUUCCGCUGAUCGAAUCUCUGAUGGUGGUCUGCAAAAACACGACGACGAAUGACGAUCUCUCACACAGCCAGAUUGUGAAGGACAUGCUGCUGUCCAGCCCACAGCCAGAAUCUCGUACGGCGAACCUCUUCUUUACCUUUACAGAAGAUCACCGACGUAUCCUGAAUGAGCUCGUGCGACACAAUCCAAAGCUCAUGUCUGGCACUUUUGCUCUACUUGUUAAGAACCCCAAGGUUUUGGAGUUUGACAACAAACGCAAUUAUUUCAACAGAAGUGUUCACUCGCGGAGCGGCCAGAACCAGAGCCGACCAUCAUACCCGCCGUUGCAGAUUUCUGUUCGCCGAGAGCACGUAUUCCAUGACUCAUUCAAAUGGCUUUGCUUCAAGUCAGGCGAUGAGAUGAAAUAUGGCAAGCUCAAUAUAAGGUUCAAUGGCGAAGAGGGUGUAGAUGCUGGCGGUGUAACACGCGAGUGGUUCCAGGUUCUCGCCCGGCAGAUGUUCGAUCCCAACUAUGCUCUAUUCAUCCCGGUCUCGUCCGAUCGCACAACCUUUCAUCCGAACAAGCUGAGUGGCAUCAAUGAUGAGCACUUGAGGUUCUUCAGCUUUAUCGGUCGCAUCAUCGGCAAAGCUCUAUAUGAAGGUCGCCUCCUUGACUGUUUCUUCAGCCGUGCUGUUUACAAGCGCAUCCUCGGAAAAUCCGUCUCUGUCAAGGAUAUGGAAUCAUUUGACCCAGAUUAUUACAAGUCUCUUUGCUGGAUGCUGGAAAACGACAUCACCGACAUCAUUACGGAGACCUUCUCUGUUGAGGAUGAUGAAUUCGGUGUCACCAAGAUUGUUGACCUUGUCCCCAACGGCAGAGAGAUUGCGGUAACUGAAGAAAACAAGCACGAGUAUGUGCGUGUUGUGGUCGAGCAUAAACUCUUAUCCUCAGUGAAGGAUCAAAUGGAGAACUUCUUGAGUGGUUUCCACGACAUCAUUCCUGCAGAGCUAAUCUCAAUCUUCAACGAGCAAGAAUUGGAGCUCCUGAUCUCUGGCCUUCCGGACAUUGACAUUGACGACUGGAAAGCCAAUACUGAGUACCACAACUACAGCCCUUCCUCUCCACAGAUCCAAUGGUUCUGGAGAGCAGUCAGAUCAUUCGACAAGGAGGAACUAGCCAAGUUGCUGCAGUUUGUCACCGGUACCAGCAAAGUUCCUCUCAAUGGAUUCAAGGAACUCGAAGGCAUGAACGGAGUCAAUCGGUUCAACAUCCACCGCGAUUAUGGAAACAAGGAUCGCCUUCCAUCAACCCACACCUGCUUUAACCAGCUUGAUCUCCCUGAGUAUGACAGCUACGACAUACUUCGCUCACAAAUCAUCAAGGCAAUCACACAAGGCAGCGAUUAUUUCGGCUUCGCCUAA